AUGGAGAUUCAAAGACAAAGCAAACAACAACAACAAGAGUUUGCUUUAGCAUCAAUAACCGAGCUUGCUUCUUCUUCAACUACGUCGUCCUGUUCACGUUCUCAAUCUGUACCAGUAACUGCGAGGUUUAGCGCCGACAAUGGAGUUGCGGAGCUUCGAUUUAACCGAGACUCUGAUGAUUCUAUCACUGUGGAUGUCAAAACUGCUCGGAUAUUCAAGCUAGGGCCUUUACAAUCAGUUUGCAUAACUGAAGCUUCAGAUGCUGACUCGAGCAAAGAGAAAUAUUCAACAGGAGUCAAUUUCCAAUUUAGAAAUGAGGAGGAGAGCGGGGCCUUCCAUUGUGCAUUUGAGCAAUGGAAGAAGGAGGUCACUGUUCAAGGAGCAUUGCUACCUAAUGGACCAGUCAUGGCUUGUAAAAGCAAGUUUGACGAUAAAAUAGAACCAUCAUCUGCCAAAAUGUAUUUCCAUUAUUAUGGGCAAUUGCUACACCAGCAGAACAUGCUACAAGAUUAUGUGAGGACAGGAACCUACUAUGCUGCAGUCAUUGAGAACCGUGCAGAUUUUUUUGGUCGCGUGGUGGUUGAUGUUGGUGCUGGUAGUGGUAUUUUGUCAUUAUUUGCUGCUCAGGCUGGUGCAAAACAUGUGUAUGCCAUUGAGGCAUCUGAAAUGGCAGAGUAUGCCCGGAAACUGAUUGCUGGAAACCCAUCACUUGGGGAAAGGAUAACAGUAAUAAAGGGUAAAGUUGAGGAAGUUGAAUUGCCAGAGAAAGCAGAUAUCCUGAUCUCUGAACCAAUGGGUACCUUGUUAGUCAAUGAAAGAAUGUUGGAGUCCUAUGUGAUUGCAAGAGAUCGGUUUCUUGGCCCAAAUGGAAAAAUGUUUCCUACAGUUGGAAGGAUACACAUGGCACCUUUUAGUGAUGAAUAUUUAUUUGUUGAAAUUGCGAAUAAGGCCCUCUUUUGGCAGCAACAAAGCUAUUAUGGAGUUGAUCUGACACCUUUGCAUGGAUCUGCAUUUGGGGGAUACUUUUCUCAGCCUGUUGUAGAUGCUUUUGAUCCAAGAUUAUUGGUGGCUCCUACAAUUUGUCAUGUUUUAGACUUUACUGAAAUAAAGGCUUUGUAUUCCAACUUAGGGUGCAUUGUUGGGUACUGUACUCCGGAAAGAAGUUUUGCUUCCAAAGCUUUUAGAUUUUUCCUUAUGAGUGACUCUUGCCCCUUUCUCCCUGAUGAAGUUACUGCCUUGACGUUUCUUGGUUCAACUCAUCAAAACUUCUCUCUUUUCUUUCUGCAGGAAGAGGAUUUAUAUGAAAUUGAUAUACCUUUGAAAUUCAUAGCCUCUGUAGGAACCAGAAUUCAUGGGCUGGCUUGCUGGUUCGAUGUUUUAUUUAAUGGGAGGCAAGUUUUUGUCCUGAUCUUUAUACCCUUAUUUUAUACUGUACAAAGAUGGCUUACAACUGCCCCUGGUGCGCCUACCACCCACUGGUACCAAUUACGUUGUGUUCUGUCUCAGCCACUCUAUGUGAUGGCAGGACAAGAAAUUACUGGCCAGCUCCGGAUGGUUGCCCACAAUGCUCAGAGUUACACUAUAUAUUUAACUUUGUCAGCUAAAAUGUGGGGCCCUGGUGCUGAACAAGGCGGAAUACUUCAGACAUCAUCAUGCAAACUCGACCUAAAAGAACCAUAUUACCGAAUGUCCCAACCACAAGCUUAUGCAAUGGCACAAGAUCAGCAACCACACCAGCUAAUACACUCACAGGAUAUACAAAUUCAAGCAACAGAUGAUUUAGAGGAGCCUGAGUUGAUACAACCACCACCUCAGAAUUUGGAAGGGCAGCUCCAAUAA